AUGCAAGCCGAAGAGCCGAGAAACUGGUCGGAGCUACCGUCGGAGCUGAUGUCUUCGAUCAUGCUCCGGCUUGGCGCGUUUGAAAUACUUGAAAACGCUCAGAAAGUGUGCACAUCGUGGAGGCGUGUCUCUAAAGAACCCUCGUUGUGGCGGAAAAUCGACAUGCAAAAUCUGAAAACCAGUGAAUACGACUUGGAGUUGGAUAGAAUGUGCCGUCACGCAGUUGAUCGUAGCGUUUGGUCGAAAUCAACCUCGGCGACAUGGGGACCGAUUCUCUCCUCAACUACAUUGCGGACAGUAACGGAGAAGGGACUUGUGGACACAGUUUCAAAACUUCCGUUGCUUGAAGAGCUCGAGGUCACAUUGGCAUGGUUAAAACUGGAUUUGAAAGGUAUAGGUCAUUCUUGUCCAAAGCUAAAGACAUUGAAGCUAAACUGCUCACAUUACAUACCCUUUCUCUUGGAAUUUAAUGAUGAUGAUGAUGGCUUAGCAAUCGCCGAAAGCAUGCCCCAACUACACCACCUCCAGCUUAUUAGGGACAAACUAACUGAUAUCGGGUUACAUGCCAUUCUUGACAAUUGUCCUCACUUGGAGCACCUUGAUUUACGCAAAUGUCACAUUAACCUUUCCGAGGACUCGGUGAAACGAUGUUUGGAGAGGGUCAAAGAUUUUAGACACUCAAACUGUUCAACCGCUGAUUAUACCGCCUUUUACAAUAAAUUUAGAUGGGUGUGA